AUGCUCCCCGUUGCUCUCUCCGUUCUUGGCCUGGCCGCUGCCGUCAACGCCCACGGCCACGUCGCUACUGUCGUCGCCGGCGGCAAGGAAUACACCGGUGGUCUCCCCUGGAGCGCUCCUGCUGAUGCUGUCGGCUGGGCCGCUUCCAACCAGGACAACGGCUUUGUUGCCCCCGACGCCUUCUCCAGCGCCGACAUCAUCUGCCACAAGUCUGCCACCCCCGUCUCCGGCUAUGCUACCGUUGCCGCUGGCUCAAGCAUUUCACUGGUCUGGAACACCUGGCCAGAGAGCCACCACGGCCCCGUCAUCGACUACAUCGCCCCCGUCUCUGGCGACUUUGCCUCCGUCCAGAAGGCCUCCCUUCAGUGGGUGAAGAUCUCCGAGAAGGGUCUCGUCUCUGGCUCCAACCCGGGCACCUGGGCCUCUGACGAGCUCAUCGCCAACGGCAACACCUGGACCGUCACUAUCCCCUCCAAGCUCGCCCCUGGCAAGUACGUCCUGCGCCACGAGAUCAUUGCUCUCCACUCCGCCGGCCAGUCCAACGGCGCCCAGGCCUACCCCCAGUGCAUCAACAUCGAAGUCACCGGCAGCGGUUCGUCCUCUCCAUCCGGCGGUGCUGCCUUCACCAGCUUCUACAAGGCUACCGACCCCGGUAUCCUGUUCAACCUCUACGAGUCCUUCACCUCGUACGACAUCCCCGGACCCAACGUCUGGGCUUAA